AUGCGAUUACUCCCAGCAUUUGCAGCAGCUCUCCUGGGCACGACGCAGGCCAAAAUCUACCACUUCUCCAACGAGGUUAUCAGUGGCGAGGUCCUCGUCCGGUACAUCUCCGACGAUGUCUUCGACGCUCCCAAGGUAGGCCCGUUGAACGGCUCGACCUACGACUGGUGGUACUUUGACGCCGUGUCUUCUACCAGCAAUGCGUCAGUCGUCUUGGUUCUCUACCGGUCCACCCCGGGAGAAUUCCCUUACGUCUUGGAAGGCUCCACGGCAUCUGUCAAUUUGUUCAUUACUGGGAAGGACGGGAUUCCGCAGUAUUACCCCAUCCCAAACCUGCCCGGUCGCGACGGCGCGGUUACAAUCUCUACCAAUGGCCAAGGGGCAUCUGGAAUCUGGAAGAGCACGAGGUUCAGUUUCUUCGGGUCUUCAGACCUCAGCAGCUAUACAGUUCAUGUCAACGCGCCCGUGCUAGGAUUGGAUGGAACGCUUUCGUUGUCAUCGAGAGCGCCAGCCCAUUAUCCAUGCGGACCGAACCAGCCAGGCGAAAACCUCCUCGCCUCGCCUCAUGUAGGAUGGGCGAAUGCCAUGCCGGAUGCGAAAGCCGCGGCCUCGUUCACAAUCAACGGGACCGACAUUCGGUUCACGGGAGUCGGCUACCGCGAUAAGAACUGGGGCGACCAGCCGUUCGGCCAUCACGUCGCGACCUGGUACUGGGGUCACGGUCGCCUGGGGCCCUUUUCUUUGGUAUGGCUAGACGUGCUGCACCCGAGUGGGCGCAAGUAUGUGAGCGGGUACGUGGCCAAAGACGGAGCUGCUUUGAACAACUCCUGCGCGACGGAGGCCAUCCAGGUUCAUCCAUGGUUUGCUACUUUGACCAGGAACGCGUCUUUCCCCGACGAAUUCACCGUGGUAAUGGAGCUGGCAGAUGGUCCCUUGCGUGUGACGGCGAGGAACCGCCUGAUGAUUGCGUCGGGAGCCACGUACCGUCGUUGGUUUGGGAGCAUGUCGGGAGGCAUCGUCAAUCAAACCCAGUAA